GUCAUACCCCUGGUACUGACUCUGCUUGUUGCUGCACUAGUAUUGCUAAUACUCUACAAACGACAGAUGGCUAAACAUGGGGCGCAAGAAGAGCCUUUAGAGGAAACCAUGGUUGUACUGGAGCUGAGAAACAUGGAAGACGACCUGGCGCAGAGUUUGCAGCCCGGCUGGCUCAACCGGUGGGAGAGGAACGCUGACGAUCUGACUCUGGACGAACUGGUCGGGCUGGGCGCGUCCGCACAGAUCAGGAGAGGACGGCUUCGCACGGCUGGCGCUGACGUCACGGUGGCGGUCAAGUCCGUCCGCAUAGAGGACAGGCGGUGCUACCGAGCCUUCUGCCGGGAAGUCGCCGCGCUGAUAGCCGUGCACGAAAACGGUGAGGAACAAAAUGGCGGACAUCCCAACAUCGUCAAGCUCUUUGGGGUCGUCACGAUGUCCACACCGAAGUGUAUUCUCUUGGAAUUUGCUGCCAAAGGCGAACUUUUGCUCAUUCUAAAACAACCUCGACAGAACCACACUCUUGGCAGGUUUGUCCGCUAUGCCAUCCAGAUAUCUCGUGCCCUGGAGGAGCUCCGACGUCUGCGUAUCUCUCACGGUGACGUGGCCGCCCGAAACGUCCUGGUCAGCGGCGAUGACGUAGCCAAACUUGCUGACUUCGGUCUGGCCCAUGACAUCUACACCGAGACUACCUACGUGCCCGCAGUCAAUGACGACGUCGACGAACUCCUGCCCCUGAAGUGGAUGGCUCUGGAGUCGCUGGAGUCUCGCGAGUUCACGUGCGAGAGCGACACGUGGUCGUUCGGCGUGCUGCUGUGGGAGAUCGCCACCUUCGGGGAGGAGCCCAGCUACCAGCGCCAGCGCCAACUGAGUUGUCCCAAGUUGGUGGGGCUCCUGAGGCAGGGUGUCCGUCUGGACAGGCCGCCCGGAUGUCCGGACAAGCUGUAUGACGUCAUGAAGUCGUGUUGGCGGGAGGAGCCGUCGGCAAGACCAGAGCCGGCAGACCUGGAGCAGAAGCUGACAGAAUGUGGCCAAGAGAUGGACCCACUUCUGGCUGUGGAUAAUUAAAAAAUUGUUUUAUGAUGUUUAGAUCUUCCCAGAUUUCUUGAUGACAACAUAUUAUUCCAGGUUGUGCUUUUUUCCGACACGUUUGAAAAAUCUGUAAAUAUAAUACGAAGAGAGGUUUUAUAUCGUGCAUAAGUGCCCAGGGCUAUUAGAAACAUAUAUUUGUAGUAGGUUACUUUGGCCUUUACUGUUUGCCUUUUUUUAGAAUAUUUAGAAUUUUUUGAAAGAAAAUUCACCGUAAUUCUAUAAUUACCCAUUUUUUACUUUACAUGUUAUACUUUUUGGAACAGAUUUAUUCGUUAUACCACUUCACAGACUUGAAACAACAAAGUCUGAAUUAUGAUGGCAUUUACAUAAGUACACACACAAAGAUGGAGAAUUACUUAAAAACUUGGUUAUAUGGUUAAAAAGAAUUGAUUAAAACCCUGCGUGCAUAACAUAACAUUAGAAUAUAACAUUGACAUCAAUAUUUACAGAAACAUGGUACACGGAUCGUCCUCCGUAAUCAUCAGUAAACUAGAUGUUGGU